AUAAAGUGUGCGAGGGCUGCCAUAAUCAGGUCGAGUUUCCUUGCGGAGCGGCUCUUCAUCGCUCUCCGAGUGUUCCUCCAUAGCGUCUCUUCAGCUGCACCUUGGAAAACGAACUGAGGACACUAACGACUAUCGUAGGGAACCUUUAAGAACUAGUGGUCAAGAUGUUGAUCGCCAUGCUAACAGCCAUGUAUGUGAUGGUCAGAGUCGUAGAAUCGAUAGGGGAGCACUUUUCCCGCAAACAGGAGCCUCUGCCUUACAUGGUGUCCCAGCCUUUGCCUUGGCAGGUGCAUUCAGUGUCACACAGCCGCAGGAGCAGCAAAACAGAUGAGCUCGGUGGCUUUAGAAGGAAUAGCAUGGGUGUCUAUAGAAAGUACUCCAACGCCAGUAACGGCACGUGCUGCAGCGAGCUGGUCGGCCCGCCCCCGCUCAGCCCCGUGGAGGUGGAGAAGGCCGCCGCCACCAUUCAGACCCAUUUCAGGAAGUUCCAACAGAAGAAGCAAAAGAACGGCAAAUAGACCUUUUGGACUUGUGUGGAUACCAACAAACAACCGUGGAUGGACCUUUUCAUACAAUGUGUACACCACAGAAUGUACAUGCAAGCUAAUAAUGUAACGUAGCAUGGUCAGAUUCAGUAAUCCAUCGAAAUCAGUGAUUCUCCAAGUGCAGUUCGAAUACCACUAGCGGUAUGCAGGCUCCCUCUAGUGGUACGUGAAAAACAAUCACAGCGAAGUACAGUUCAGUUGUCUUUAACUUUUAUGUUGAAUACAUUUGCAUUUAAUGUUGAAACUUCCAAAAUCUUUUAACUGUUUUUAAACAUUACAUUUCUAUUUAACUACUGUGUACUAUACAUUUUAUUUGAAUCAUUAUUCAAAUACAGUUUUUUUUUCAAAACUCCUAUAUUGAUCUCAAUACUCGGUAUACAUUAUCUUAUUAUAGUGUAAAAUUUGAGAUAUCUGUGAUUUUAUUUACACUCAUUGGCCACUUCAUUAGCAACACUUACAUAAUCUAAUGAGAUCCAAUAUAAAUGACGCAAAAAAUGAUUCCGCCGUCACACAAAUAAUAAUGCUUUUUAAAAAAAAAUAUAUAUUUUUUUUAUUUACCUGCGAUUGGCUGUCCUCCAAUAAUUCCGGGCGUUUCCUGCUUCUCGCCCAAAAUCAGCUGGGAUGGGCUCCAGCUCACCCGAGUGCUACAAAAAGGGGAUGGGCUGAUGUCAAUAAUUCAAAUUUUAAAUGAAUAAUCAUACAUAAAAUUUAAAUCACAAUUCAUUAAAAUGAUGUAAUAAUAAUCAUAAUUACUCUGGAGCUAAUUUAUAUAUUCAACAACCUUUAUUAUGGUAGUUUGCAUUAAGGCACUUUAUCCAGCUGCAUGCGAGGAACAGCAAUUUCGAAACAAGAAUAUUUUUUUAUAUUCGAUAGAUUUUUUUUCAACAUAAAAUUGUGUUCAGAAUAAUGUAUAAUAAAAAAAGUAGUGUGUCUAAGUAAAAGGGAAUAGUGCAAUGGAAUCCACUGGUCCUGAGAGUGGAAUCACAGUUGUAAGAGAAUUUUUCGAGAAUUUUAGAGAACUUUUUUUUGAACGGCCUAAUCCCUUUUCUUCACUUUCUGUAAAGGAAUAACGCGUAUUAAUAUUUUGAUUCGUCUUAGAAUGUGCCGUGUUCACAAGGCAUUUGGGGUGAUAAAAUCUGUUAUAACUUGGAUACUCACUCUGCAAUUAUUCUGAACACCACUCUCGUGUUGUCAAAUGUUGUGGCCCUGCAGUUGAACAUACGGGCAGGUUAUGACCUUAUGAAUAUGAAAGCUAUGACUUAUGUGUUGACAUUUGCAAAAAUAAAUGCAGAAAUAUGACUUACUUGCCUGAACGAACUCCUUUUCAGUCUCCGUGGUGGAUAUUUUUUGUUGCAGCAUGUCGUCCUCUAGUGGAAGAUCAGAGUAUUACUAUGGACGACUGGUUAGAGCGUCAGCCUCACAGUUCUGAGGACCCGGGUUCAAUCCCCGGCCCCGCCUGUGUGGAGUUUGCAUGUUCUCCCCGUGCCUGCGUGGGUUUUCUCCGGGCACUCCGCUUUCCUCCCACAUCCCAAAAACAUGCAUGAAUUGGAGACUCUAAAUUGCCCGUAGGUGUCAAUGUGAGUGCGAAUGGUUGUUUGUUUGUAUGUGCCCUGCGAUUGGCUGGCAACCAGUUCAGGGUGUAAGAUUAUAUGCAUGCAUGUUUUUGGGAUGUGGGAGGAAACCGGAGUGCCCAGAGAAAACCCACGGGGAGAACAUGCAAACUCCACACAGGCGGGGCCGGGGAUUGAACCCCGCACCUCAGAACUGUGAGGCUGACGCUCUAACCAGUCGGCCACCGUGCCGCCAUUAUGGAAUUAAUUAAAUUAUUAAAUUACUGCCCUGCACUUAUUUGGGAAUAUGUUGGCUUUCGUCAGCAAUCAUGUUUUGAGAGCUUCACAAAUAAAUCAACCUUCCAUCCAUCCAUUCAUUUUCUCUACCGCUUCUCCUCACUCGGGUCGCGGGCUGCUGGAGCCUAUCCCAGCUAUCUUCGGGCGAGAGGCGGGGUACACCCUGAACCGGUCGCCAGCCAGUCGUAGGGCACACAGAAACAAACAAGCAUUCACACUCAAAUUCAAACCUACGGGCAAUUUAGAGUCUUCAAUCAACCUACCACGCAUGGUUUUGGGAUGUGGGAGGAAACCGGAGUGCCUGGAGAAAACCCACGCAGGCACGGGGAGAACAUAUAAACUCCACACAGGCGGGGCCGGGAUUUGAACUCCGGUCCCCAGAACUGUGAGCCAGAUGUGCUAUCCAGUCCACACCGUGCCGGCACAAAUAAAUCAAGGUAAAAAUAAUAAUUUUUAUUCUUAUAAAAAAAUAUGGAAAAGAUUUUUGAAAUGUCAAACUGAAUUUUUCCCACAUUUGCCAAAUUUCUGUUCAACAUCCCAUGAAUUGUGGAAAUGUACCUGCAAUUUUCUGUGCCUCUGAAACCCUAUUUCCAACAUCUCCAGAAACGCACAAAUGUUAAAGAAUGAGCAAUAUUAUCACAGUUCAUAAAAAGAUAGCUUUAUUGCACAAGGUGUUGAGUACUUUUUUUCUGCUCUUUGUUUAUUUUCAUAGAAAAACAAAAAGUUGAGUUAAACACAAGCAAUUGCAAAUCGAAGCAAAUGUUUGCCCGCGAAAUCGGAGUUAAGGAACAAGCUCUGCAUUUUUGUGUUUUCAUGACCCCCUCUUUUUGGCAUUUGCCACUUAGCAACCAGCAAAAUGUCCACGACAUGCAAAUGUUCCUUUCCUCAAAUGGGAUUCAAACCAAAACAAAUUCAAGGAAUUAUAACAAAAGGAGACAACUCAACCUGUAAAAGAAGAAACCAUAUUUUAAUUGUGCAUGGUCCACCCUGACAUGUUUGAUUAAACCAAGAUUAAGCAAUUUCUGUAUAAUUCUGUUUUUUUUAAAUUAUCAUUAUUAUUAAGUCCGCUUCUGUUUUAUUACAAUAACUUCAGUUUAAAGUUUACAUUGUGCCCUGGUAUCUAGUGAAGAUGUUGAAAAUAGUACUCAUUUAUACAAAAACACUUUCCUAUGUACACAGGGUUUCUAUUGAUGGAAUAGAAAUGAAGUUGUACUGUAUAGCGGUGGGAAAGAGGGACCUCUGAUUGGUUGAGCUGAUGACAAAAUAAUUGGUGAGGAGGGGGCGUACUGUCAAGUUGACACUCAAGUCUGUCAGUUCAAAACGUUUCCUUAUGUAAAAAAAAUCCACCCUUUGAACAAUGAAUGAAUUGCACAUGGAUUUGUGGUGCUAAUAGAAUAGAAUAAAAGCUCCAAAAGCUUCUCCUUCUGUGA